AUGCCGUUCCUUCAGAUUGGAUACAAGCGCAUACACUAUGCAGACCUCAAGCCAGAAGGCAGCGUGCUUGAGACAUUUAUCUUCAUGCAUGGGCUUGGAUCUUCCCAAGAUUACUACUACGCGUUGGCUCAAGGACUGCUCACCAAAGGCUUCCGCUGCAUAAUCUUUGAUAACACAGGCGCGGGCCGAUCCCCAUAUACGUUCGUCGAGCAGAGUGUCCACAGCCUCGCAGAUGACGUCAUUGGUGUUUUGGAUGCAUUGGGGGUUUCCAAAGCCGUUUUUGUUGGCCACAGUAUGGGCGGAAUCGUUGGUGCGCACCUGGCCGCUGAACGCAGUGAUCGCAUAGUCGCAGCCGUCCUCGUAGGGCCUGUGUAUCCAAACGAGAAUGUCGUGCCAGUCUUCGAAAAGCGAAUAGAAACAGUCCAGAAGGAAGGCAUGCAGCCUAUGGCGGACACCGUGCCGCACGCCGCCGUUGGGACGCGAGCAUCACCUCUCGUUAAGGCAUUUAUUCGAGAGCUUCUGCUGUCACAAGAUCCUGCGGGUUACUGCUCGAACUGCCGAGUGAUUAUCAACGCGAAACCACCAAAUUACGGCAAGAUAAAUAUCCCCGUCUUGAUCCUAGCAGGCGACGAAGACAAAAGUGCACCUCUCGAGGGCUGCAAGAAGAUGUUCGAGGAGGUUGGUACAGGCGAGAAGAAGCUGGAGAUUAUGCAAGGCAUAGGUCACUGGCACUGCCUGGAGGCCUUCGAAGAAGUCGGAAACCUUAUCGAAGCCUUCUACCACAAGAUACAAAAAUAAGGACGGCUGGAAGUGUUCACCAGACAACCCAACACAGGAAAGUUUGCAGCCAGAGGACGCGCUUGAUGAAUCCUUGCCGCUUGCAAGUGGGGGGAGGGGGGCGCGUACGGACAGAGGCAGUCUUGUGUGGCCUCGUGACAGGGUCAUUGGUGGCGUCCCUUUUCCGAUAAGAUGCAUGAAGGUCUUGGCGCAUGUGUUGAACACCCUUGGGGCGUUUGCGGCGGAUGUCCAGUAAGCGGUAAUGCAUGACCCACGAGCUCCAAUGUUCAUGGCUUCCACGU